ACUUUGAAUUGGAGUCACAUGUAGAUUAAAUUUUUGAGACUCAGUUUAAUUAUCAACGCGCCCGCGCUACGUUUAAUUGUUCGGUUCAGCAGAUCAGACACUUAAUUCGAAAUGGAUUUGAUUUCAAACGGAUGGUUCAGUGAAGUUCAGAAUGAACUCUGGCCUGGACAAUCUUUUUCGCUGAAAGUUAAAAAAGUCCUGCAUAAGGAAGAUUCGAAAUUCCAAAAUAUUCAAAUUGUUGAAACUGAAAACUAUGGAAUGUGCUUGAUACUGGAUGGAAUCAUACAAUGCACAUUAAGAGAUGAAUUUUCCUAUCAGGAAAUGAUUUCAUUUCUGCCUCUCUGCUUACAUCCGAACCCAAAGAAGGUCCUUAUUGUUGGCGGCGGCGAUGGUGGCGUAGCCAGAGAAGUUGUCAAGCAUCCCCAGGUUGAGGAAGUCCAUCAGGUGGAAAUCGACGAUCGCGUUGUAGAACUUUCCAAGCAAUAUUUACCCUCGAUGGCAUGUGGAUUUGAAAACCCAAAAUUGAAGCUGACUAUCGGCGAUGGAUUCGAGUACAUGAAGAAUCAUUCAAAUGAAUUCGAUGUUAUCAUAACAGAUAGCUCAGAUCCAGUUGGCCCAGCUGUUUCCUUGUUCCAGGAAAGCUAUUAUGAAUUAAUGAAGAACGCCCUUAAGGAUGGCGGUAUUGUUUGCUCGCAAGGAGGCAGCUUUUGGCUGGAUAUCGCACACAUUAAGAAAACUAUGGAUGGCUGUGGACAGCAUUUUGCAAAAGUUGCCUAUGCAGUGACAUCGGUUCCAUCUUAUCCUUGCGGCCAUAUUGGUUUUGUCAUAGGUUCUUUGAAUAAGAAUCAAGUUUUCAAAACUCCCACAAAGAAAUUUGAGAAUUCCGAAAUUGAUUCCUUGAACCUAAAAUACUACUCGAGUGAAGUUCAUGCUUCUGCCUUUGCUCUACCCCGUUGGGUCGAGAAACAUUUAUACGAAUAACUAUUUAAUAAUGACAUUUUAACAGGGACACUAAUAAACAGGUUUUAUUUCAAACAAAAGAAAAAUACUGUA